AUGGGCUUGCUGAAGGGCCUCCUCCGAGCCAGGAAGCUGCUGCUCGUCAUCUUCGUGCCUCUCCUGCUGUUGCCUCUGCCCAUGCUCCACCCCAGCAGCGAGGCUGCGUGUGCUUAUGUGUUGAUCGUGACUGCUGUGUACUGGGUGUCCGAGGCGGUGCCUCUUGGAGCUGCAGCCCUGGUGCCUGCCUUCCUCUACCCGUUCUUCGGAGUCCUGCGAUCCAGCGAGGUGGCGGCCGAGUACUUCAAGAACACCACGCUGCUGCUGGUGGGUGUCAUCUGCGUGGCGGCGGCUGUGGAGAAGUGGAACCUGCACAAGCGCAUCGCUCUGCGCAUGGUCCUGAUGGCCGGAGCCAAGCCGGGCAUGCUGCUGCUGUGCUUCAUGUGCUGCACCACGCUGCUGUCCAUGUGGCUCUCCAACACGUCCACCACCGCCAUGGUCAUGCCCAUCGUGGAGGCCGUGCUGCAGGAGCUGGUCAGGGCCGAGGAGGAGCAGCUCGUGGCCAGCAGCUCCAGCGCCGAAGAGGCCGAGCCCAUCAAUCUCGAUGUAAACAACAGCCAACCUUCCCUGGAACUCAUCUUUGUCAAUGAAGACACGUCGAAUGCAGACUUCAGCUCUCUGAUGCAGAACAAGAACCUGAAUGGCGUGCCCGCAAUCACCAACUCCGCCAGAACAGCAAACCACCAGGACAAGAAGCAGCACCCAUCUCAGGAAAAGCCACCAGUCCUGACCCCCAGCCCCAGGAACCAGGAACUCAAAAGAAAGUACAAGUCCCAGCAUGACCAAAUGAUCUGCAAGUGCCUCUCUCUGAGCAUCUCUUACGCCGCCACCAUCGGGGGCCUGACCACCAUCAUUGGCACCUCCACCAGCCUCAUUUUCUUGGAACACUUCAAUAACCAGUAUCCAGCAGCAGAAGUGGUCAACUUCGGCACCUGGUUCCUCUUCAGCUUCCCCAUCUCCCUCAUCAUGCUGGUGGUCAGCUGGUUCUGGAUGCACUGGCUGUUCCUGGGCUGCAAUUUUAAAGAGACCUGCUCUCUGAGUAAGAAGAAGAAGACCAAAAGGGAAGAGUUAUCAGAGAAGAGGAUCCAAGAGGAAUAUGAAAAGCUGGGAGCCAUUACCUACCCGGAAAUGGUGACUGGAUUUUUCUUCAUCCUGAUGACGGUGCUGUGGUUUACCCGGGAGCCUGGCUUUGUUCCUGGUUGGGAUUCCUUCUUUGAAAAGAAGGGCUAUCGCACCGACGCCACAGUCUCUGUCUUCCUUGGCUUCCUCCUCUUCCUGAUUCCAGCGAAGAAGCCUUGCUUCGGGAAAAAGAACGAUGGGGAGGACCAGGAGCCCUCACUGGGGACGGAGCCCAUCAUCACGUGGAAGGACUUCCAGAAGACCAUGCCCUGGGAGAUUGUCAUUCUGGUGGGAGGAGGCUAUGCUCUGGCUUCUGGCAGCAAGAGCUCCGGCCUUUCCACGUGGAUUGGGCACCAGAUGUUGUCUCUGAGUAGCCUCCCACCAUGGGCUGUCACCCUGCUGGCGUGCAUCCUGGUGUCCAUUGUCACAGAGUUUGUGAGCAACCCAGCCACCAUCACCAUCUUCCUGCCUAUCCUGUGCAGCCUGUCCGAAACGCUGCACAUAAAUCCGCUCUACACCCUGAUCCCAGUCACCAUGUGCAUCUCCUUUGCAGUGAUGCUGCCAGUGGGCAACCCCCCUAAUGCCAUCGUCUUCAGCUAUGGGCACUGCCAGAUUAAAGAUAUGGUGAAAGCUGGUCUGGGGGUCAAUGUCAUUGGCCUGGUGAUAGUGAUGGUGGCCAUCAAUACAUGGGGAAUUAGCCUCUUCCACCUGGACACUUUUCCCGCCUGGGCUAAGGUCAGUAACAUCACUGAUCAGGCCUAA